GGUUUGUAAACUAGAGAUGGAAACGUCAUUCAGCUUUAUCGUGUUGUGUUUUGGGAUUUGAUUGCCAGAGUGAGAGCCAAGCCUCUCUGUCUGUUCCACCUCAGGGUCCUGGUCCCAGGUCGCCGCACACAGAACGGGGACUGUCCAUCUGAGUCACCAAGAACUGUCUUCUUGCCAUUAUCAGCAUUUGUUGAUCUUUCUCUAGUGUCAGGGGGAGCCGGGAUGGUUCUCUCAGUUGACAUUGGAUCCGUUCCAGAUAUACCUGGUGCUGUGACUCUGGGUGGUUGCGAUCUACAAGAACAAGAGACACACGCUAAAAUAAUGACCUAUCUCAAUGGUAGAAAAGCCGACAUUGUCAUGAGUGACAUGGCACCGAAUGCAUCAGGUAUGCACGACUUGGAUCACCACAGAAUAAUGGAUUUGUGUCAAGCAGCAUCUGAGCUAGCUGCUGAAGUGCUCUGCGAUGGAGGAGUCUUCCUCUGCAAGGUUCUGCAGGGGGCACAUGUCUCUGGAUUUCUGGCUUCCCUGAAAGAGAGUUACAAGACUGUCAAAGAAUGCAGACUCAAGUCCACGAGAAAAGAAUCGACCGAAAUUUAUGUCCUUGCUAGAGGAUUUUUGACGUGAAAUUUUAAUAAUGCGCAUGCGCAAAACCUUUUCUGCGUUAUUUUGACAACUACGAGAUCGAGAAGCAAUGAGUUCGUCGUUUUUCUAUACAGCAUCGACGGUGGCCAUUAGUAGUAGCAGCAGAGAUAGCAUGGGAUCUGACUCUACCAUAAGCCCCACUAUAUCAUGCCCAAGCCCAGUAAGCACGCCUGGUGGAAGCUCUACCCCAACGUCGUCGUCGUCGCUGGAGCUGGACGGCAUUGUCGGUUACGGGCUGAUAGCCUCUACGGGAUUUUUUCUCUGCUCCACUCUUAUCCUGAUGAUCGUUGUCGUCUUCCUCGGUCGAAAGAUUAGGACAUACAAAAAGAAAAGUGGAGCGGACACAAUGCCAAGAAAUCCGUCGUAUUGGAUCACGGACACUGACCUGGAGCCACCGAGAGUCUCUUGCUCGACUCCCAACCUCUCGGACUGGUCCACUCCGCCACUCUCCAGACCAGCUCGGAGUUUCUUGGACUCUGAGAGAAUGGACCACGACUUUUAUCCUCCCUUUGGGAUGAGAGACAGGAGUAACCUCGUUCCCUCGGCAUCCAUGACACCACUUGUACCACAGAAUCGAGAGCUGGCGGUCAAGAAAUCUGCCAGUCACUCUGAUCUGAGUGGUCCCUACCAGAGCAUCGAAGCAAGAUCCAACAGCGCCCUCUCCCGCCCUCCCCUAUUUUUGCGCCAAAAAACAGGAGUCCCACUCUGUCGACCGGCGAAGAGACGCCCAAGCCCAUGCCUCGCAGGAAAAAGGGGAAGAAGAAACAGAAAUCUCAGUCACCGGCCCCGAUCACCCUAGAGACCAGUGGCGAAACGUUUUCACGACCAUCGAAGAAAUCCUCUGCAGUGUACCAGACUAUCAACCUUAAAUCGUUGGAUGAGUCAUCUCAGUACGAGACACUGGAACUCCAUAGAAAGUGACACACACUCACCACUGUUAGUAGAAGCAAUUCACUGCACAUAGCUACCCUGUAUGCCCCUUCAUCCUAUACCCUGUAUGCCCAUAGGUUUGUUUCUGUUUCUAAACUGUUGCCCAUCCGCAAGUGACUCACGCUCUGUUUAUCAACACAGCACUUAUUGCAAUACCCAACAUAUAACACGGGAAAAUUCUAAAAGAUUAUAACUUCACACAAUUUUCCAGUCUCUUUACACAAUAUUACUUAUAUAGUCAUAGAAAAAGUAGCACAUUAGUGAAUUGAGUUUCCCUCGUCAUUUGUGUGAAAUAUUUUGUUUUCAUUUUGAAUUGCUUGCCUUUUCCGUUUGUGUGUAGCGCGGACCAAAACAUCAUUGUAGAUGUAGACCCUGCCAUCAAACGAUGGACAACGCAUGAAGAUGUCCUCUGGGGGUGCCGAGACGCCGACCAGGCGCAGAAUCUCGCGAAACUCAUCCAUAAUGGCAAGAAUGGUGUGGUCUGUUAGUCCGUAGCAGGGAGAAGGGAGGUAGUUGACCUGGCUGUGUAUAGUACCUAUAGUAAUCCUGUGAGCUUUGGAAAUAAAACAUGAGCAUUUAUAAAGUAAACCUGUGAAAAGGAUGAGUUUUAUGUCGAGCAAGGAUGAGAUAUAAUGUAUGUACUAAUGUGUGUCAUAAAGUGCUUUACUAUGAACAGUAUUUUUAAAACAUGUUUUUCUGUCCACACCUGUACACUCGGGGAAUGUAGUAAUGAGUCUCCCUGUGACAUCGAGCCACUGGAAGUUGGUGGUAGGACCGCAGGAGUAGGGAUUUUGAGGCGUUGUGAGAAACUCAAAGUUGUGAUCGCAGUAGACUUGGCAGUACAUGAGGGUAGCAGUUGUGUCCAGGUAGCAGGCAGUUGCUCCUCUCAGUGGGGGAUCAUACACAGUGCAU